AAAGGCGUAUCAAUAUCUGCUGCGGGGAAGGACAUGAAGCGAGUCACCCUGUUUGUUAAUGGCAGCCCACGAAAUGGGAAGGUCGUGGCUGUUUAUGGAACGCUCUCGGAUUUACUUUCCGUGGCUAGCAGUAAGCUUGGCAUAAAAGCAACCAGUGUGUAUGGUAGAAGAGGAGGCCUCAUUGACGACGUUGCUUUGAUUAGGGAUGAUGAUGUUCUUUUCGUAUGUGAAGGGGAACCGUUUAUUGAUCCCCAGACUGAUAUAAACCUACCAGAAGCAUUAACAGGAUCUCAUUCAGACUGGAUAACACUCAAUGUCGGAGGACGAUACUUCACAACUACCAGGAGUACUUUAGUUAGUAAAGAACCAGAUAGCAUGCUGGCUCGCAUGUUUAAGGAUAAAGAUGCCUGGGGGAACAAGCAAGACCACAGGGGAGCCUUCCUAAUUGACCGCAGUCCGGAGUACUUCGAACCAAUUUUGAAUUACUUGCGUCACGGACAACUCAUUGUGAAUGAUGGCAUUAAUUUGCUGGGAGUCCUGGAGGAAGCCAGGUUCUUUGGAAUCGACUCACUCAUUGAACACCUUGAAGUAGCUAUUAAGAACUCACAGCCUGCAGAAGAUCAUUCGCCGAUCUCCCGGAAGGAAUUCGUUAGGUUCCUGCUUGCAACUUCCACCAAGUCAGAGCUCCGUUGUCAGGGUUUAAAUUUCAGUGGGGCAGAUCUCUCUCGCUUAGAUCUACGUUACAUCAACUUCAAGAUGGCCAACUUAAGCCGAUGCAACCUGGCCCAUGCCAACCUGUGCUGUGCAAACCUUGAGCGAGCGGACCUCUCGGGAUCGGUACUGGAUUGUGCCAACCUCCAAGGCGUCAAGAUGCUUUGUUCUAAUGCUGAGGGCGCAUCGUUGAAAGGAUGCAAUUUUGAAGACCCCUCUGGCCUUAAAGCUAACCUGGAAGGUGCCAACUUGAAAGGUGUCGAUAUGGAGGGGAGUCAGAUGACUGGAAUUAACCUGAGAGUCGCAACCUUGAAAAAUGCAAAGUUAAAAAACUGCAACCUGAGAGGAGCGACGCUGGCAGGGACAGAUUUAGAGAACUGCGACUUGUCGGGAUGUGAUCUACAGGAAGCCAACCUGAGAGGGUCGAAUGUGAAAGGGGCCAUCUUCGAAGAGAUGCUGACUCCACUGCAUAUGUCUCAGAGUGUCAGAUAGAUUGCCCACAGGGACCUUGCUGCAGUCUGUGUUCCCUCCUUAACGCAGGAGAUGUCUCUGCGGUGUUGAAGGAACUGUCUCUGGCCAGACAGCCACGGAAUCACUUUCCUUUCGUAGGCGCGGAAUAGAUACGGAACUGAAUCCGGAAGGCUAGCAGGCUUUAGAACCCAGAGAUGCUGUCCUCGCCGAGGGUUUCGGCCCUUCUGGGUCAUCUCACUCCAAUACACCUCUUAAGAUAUAUCGAUUUAUUUAUAAAAGCACAAUAUAUGCAAUUUAUAUUUAUUAUA